UAGAAAAUUGAAUUUUGAAGAAAAGCAUUCUCACCCCCUUCAGGGAGUGAAUGGUUUUUUUUUCUAAUUACAUAUUUUUUCGGUUUGGGUUGGUUGUAUUAUCGUCUCGUGGACGAAUAUCUGUGAAACCAAUGGAUGGGUGAUAGAAAAAAAAAUUCUCCCAUUCCAUCGGGCUUGAAAAUUUAGAAGGCGCGCGUUUCAUCCCCUCAUUACCCUUCAAAACCCACCCAAAACCCAGAGUAAAUGAAUGUAAGUGACUUCUAAACCUAAACCUAAACCUAAACUGCUCCAAACCCAAACAAAUUCGGUAUUACCAUAAAAAAAAGUGAUUAACCCCGGAACAAAAGUCCAAUUAUCCAGUGACAAGUGGAGAAAUCAGUGGAGUGAGUUGAUGAGGGAUCAAUACUCCAGUUUGAAGUUCUAUUUUUGUCCGGUUGAAGGUUAUGUGAGGCACCAACGAUUUUAUCACUUGCAGAAGCUGACGAGAUUGUUAUAGAGUGAUAAUAAAAGUAGAGAUAUAUCUUGGAAAAAUGAGCAAGAAGAAGAGCAUGGCCAUUGACUUCCAGGACAACAUGAUCCUGCUGACCAGGAAGUACCUCAAGAGGAAGAUCCUCUGUCCUGAAACCAAAUUUCGACAUCAUGCCAAAGAAAGACAGAAUGUUCUGGAGCUGCUGAAGAGGACUGUUGAGGCUGGGGAGAGUAAUUCAGCUCUGCUGAUUGGGCCUCGAGGGAGUGGCAAGACUACUCUUGUGAAUUCAGUACUGAAGGAGCUGUCAGUUUCGAAAUCCUUUAAGGAAAAUGCGCUCAUCGUCAAUCUCCAUGGUCUCGUUCACACAGACGAUCGUCUCGCCCUCAAAGACGCCACCAGGCAAAUGCAGCUAGAGAAUGUCGUGGGGGACAAAGUUUUCGGAACUUUCGCUGAAAACCUCACAUUCCUCCUGGAGUGCUUAAAGUCAGGGGACAAAAAGCGAACGAAGCCCUGCAUUUUCAUUCUGGACGAAUUCGACCUGUUCUGCGCCCACCAAAAUCAGACUCUCCUUUACAAUCUCUUCGACGUGGCCCAGUCAUCACAAGCCCCUAUUUGCGUUCUCGGAAUUACGUGCCGACUCGACGUCAUCGAAUUGCUUGAGAAGAGGGUGAAAUCGAGGUUCUCGCACAGGCAGAUAUUCUUGUUUCCUGGUGAAAAUUCCGUGGGUGAACAGCCCACAACUGCCUUCGACGAUCGUCUUGAGCUCUUCAAGGAUCUUCUCAGUAUUCCAGAUGACGAGAAUGUCAACAGGAUUGAGGAGACAUACGAGGACUGCACUAUUGAUCCACAGUUCGGGGCAAUGUGGAAUGAUUAUGUGGAGAGUCUUAUCAAUAAUGUUACAAUGGUAAAUCUGCUGAAGAGGAUGUAUCAGAUUGACGUGAGUGAGAGGAGCUUUAGGAAUUUUCUAGGUGUUGCUGUUGGAACACUCGAUGAAAAGCAUCAGAGGCUUGAGGUAAACGACUUCGUCGAGGCCAGCAAAAUGUUCACAAGGGACGAUAAAGUUGCCAUGUUGGAGGGCCUCUCCGUCCUGGAGAUGAGUUUGAUUAUUGCAAUGAAACAUGAGACUGAAAUUUACGAUGGCGAGCCAUUGAACUUCGAGACUGUCUUCAAUCGAUACGUUAAAUUUGCUAAUCAGACGUCCUCUAUUCAAACCGUCCAGAGGCCAGUGAUAAUGAAAGCUUUCGAGCACAUUAAGAAUCUAGAGCUUCUCGCUCCUGUGAAUGCAACAGCGAGAACAGAAAAGGAGUACCAGUACUUUAAAUUUCUCCUGACCCCGCAGCAGGUGCUUGAGGCAGUGAAAAAUUAUGUGGGACUGCCCACAGAAAUUGCCCAAUGGGCAACAAACAGCCUGCAAUAAAUUAUUUCUCCUUCCCUGAUAGCAGGAAAACACAAUCAGGAUCAUGUGCCAUUUUCUAAGAGAAAAUUUAGUUACAGUUGAUUGAGGUAAUUAUUCAUCAAUUAUCGAAUUCAUGAAAAAUAGGUGAGAUGAGUUAUUAGAGGGAUUAAUGAUAAUCAUGCUAAUUGAGUAAUGAUAUUGAUAGGAUAUAUCUGUGUUCAUCUUGCUCACGAGUUCAAUAUUUCUAUAGUGGAAUUGAUGGAGAAGAGAUGGAGUGGAAUGAUAAAUAUUGCAUCUAGCUGAUAUGUGGAAUCAUUGAGCCUGGGGGAAAAUUUCGAAGACGCUCUUGUGGAGAUAUUCCACUAAAAAUUGUCUUUAUUACUCGCGAAUUAAUAUAGAUUUUUUCAAUAAUCUCUUCGCUCAUCGGUUCAAUACUCAUUUCAAUUGUUAUCAAUUUAUUAAAAUUGAUGGAUCAUUUUUUAUUUGAGGUCCUUCACACUUUGUAGUACAAUUCUAUUGAUUACUCAAAGAUUAUUGAAUGAACUAGUACAAUUUUGUAGAUAAGUCGAGUCAUUAACAUAUCUUCAUCAAUAGCAUUUAUUUAAAGUCAUUUAUAAAUCAGGCAUUUAAUUAUUUAUUGAGUAUUCAUUAGAGAAAUCAAUCUCAGUAAUUUUAGGCUAGUUAAUAAUUCAAGUGAUUAAGGUAGAAUCCUCGAUUAUAAUUGAGGAGAUAGAUGAGAAGGUUGCAUUUUUUCAUUGCGUGAUCAAUUGAGUUGAUUGUAAAUAUCUGCAGUUGCUCUUUUUAAACUUGAUGACUAAAUUUUAAGAAUUUUUUUAGCACCGGUAUUUUUUAUUUUUCAUGUAGAGGAACUGUGAAACGUCCGUUGCAAUUCGUCCGAAAUUUAAGGGAAAUUAUAGAAUGGAAAAAACAGUACAAUAAUUAUGUCCUCAGCAGUCAAUUUGGCAACGAAAAUGAGGUGGAUAAAUAACUGUGUAUUACUAUUUGUAUACAACAAGAUGAAAUCAUUUAAUCGUGGAAUAACUCUGUAUGCGAAAGACAAAUUCAUUGGGUCUGUUUGUACAUUUCUAAUAAAUUUCAAACUGAAGAGUCAAAUUU